UAGCUAACGACGUCAUUGCCUUUGCCGAAGAAGGAUGGAUGGGUUGAAGGUGAAGGGCGUGCGUUUGGUAGGGUCUCAUCCCAUACAAGUCAGUUUCUCAUCUGUUCCCGUCAAAUCGGGUCUCUGCUUCCUUCAAUUUCAUCAUCACGCAUGCUCGCUUUCCCUUCCGUGUUCAAGGAGGUUUCCCUCGCCGAAGAAGGAGAAGAGUGUUUGCUAGGGUUUGCGUUCGCGAGAUUAGGUGAAAAUGGUCAGGAGUGAGUGAGGUGACAAUGAGAAGGAAUAGAAUAGAUUGUAGAAGGAGAAGAGCAAAAUCACAAGCCAAAGACGUCCUUUACUUUCGUCAGCUGAUGCUUUCCCUGUCAGUUGAGUACAAGAGGGUUGGUAUUCAUCGUGGUCCAGCAGAGAAAACACUUUAACCCACGGUGAGAGCACUCAGACAUUGGGAAAGAAGGAUGGAGGUCUGUAGGCAGAGGACAGGUGGAAGCUAGAUGACCAUGUGUGCCAAGGUUCGUGUUAUUUGAUGCCUUGCAAAUGGAAGACAUCACUGAGUCAUAUGAUGAGGGUGGUUCUUUUGAUUCUGUGCUAUUAAAGAAGCAAGGUUGGAAAGAAGGGAAUGGUCUUGGGAUAUCUGAGCAGGGUAGACUAGAACCCAUGGAAACUUGUGUGAAGAAUAACAAACGAGGUUUGGGAGCGGACAAAGGGAAGAAAAAGGCUGUGAAGUCUGAUGAUAGUAAUGUCUCUGAAGGGAACUAUCAGCAGAUAACCAAGGGUCUGUUGGAGAAGUAUGGCCCUGAGAGGGUUCUUGAUACUCCAAUCACUGAGAUAGAAACAAGCCUGUACCUGAGGCAGUAUGCACGUACAAAUUCUGAAAAGUAUCAGCUUUUCAUCAAUUUAUAUGCAAAAGUUCUUGAGGACUCAUUUCUGGGCUCCGCCAGUACUAGGCAACUACAGCCCAUUCACUUUAGUACUUUACUUCAUUUUUAGGGUGGCCAAUCACUUUACUACUUCACCCCAUUUUUAGGGAUUUCCCUGGAUCCCUGGCACGAACGUGAACUCCAGCCAACACUGCAAAGCUAUUCUGGAUCUCUCAUUAUUUUUCUCUCACUUUCCUUCAUUUGUCAUUCUUGCAGGGAAAAUAUAUGAGACUAUGGGCAAGACAUCCAAAGUUGUGGCAGUGAACUUCUGAAAGAGGAUAACGUUAUAGCGUCAUGGUCACUUGUGUGGGGAGGUUGGGUCGCUAUGCUUGCAGAGAAUGAAUUUGAGGGAGAAAGGGAGAGUGCGAGAGGUAGUGCACUCCACUGUGGGAAAAAGAUGGGGAGGAAAAUCUUAAUAUAGUGAGACAGUGGGAAACAACUUCAUAGCAGGCUAUUUUAGAUUUUGAUGUAUUCUCUUUUUCCUUUUAUUCAUUAACAAAUUUUUCACUUGGUUUAAAUAUAUUUUAGAAGGCUUUUUUAAUUUCACUGGUUUUAAUACUUGUGCUACCUACAAGAUUUCCCUAUGCCUCCCCUUGUAUCCAUCUAUAUUGGAGAAAAAUGAAUUUGCAGUUGUUUGUUAA